CUUUCCGCAAAGGCCCAGCCGAGGCCCACCGCCACCGCCACCGCCGUCCCGCUCCACGCGUCCGCACCCUCUGCGCGGCGCCGGUCGAGAACUCGUGAUGCCCCGCGACCGCGACGAGCCAGCCGCCGUGCGCGUCUACACCGUCUGCGACGAGUCCAGGUACCUGAUCGUGCGCAACGUGCCGUCACUCGGAUGCGGUGACGACCUCGCCAGUCUCUUCGGGACGUACGGCCCCGUGGAGGAGUGCACGCCCAUGGAUGCAGAGGACUCUGAGCCCUACACUGACGUCUUCUUCGUCAAGUUCUCACAGGUCAACAACGCCAGGUUUGCAAAGAGGAAGCUUGACGAGUCUGUGUUUCUUGGCAACCGCCUGCAGGUGACCUAUGCCCCUCAAUUUGAGAGCCCUCAAGAUACCAAGGAGAAACUGGAAGUUAGGAGAAAAGAAGUCCUUGGCCGAAUAAAAUCAUCUGCUGGCAGACCUGAAGGAUCAUCUCCAGCUCAGGGAUCAUCUAGUGGGAAUCACCACCAAAUGAACUCUAAUAAGAGGGAAUAUAUGAAGACAAUUCAUGCUUCUCCUAUUGAAGAUCCUCGUUUCAGUCAUGUGUCCUCAGACAAGGAUUAUUUUCCAUCCGAGUCGAUGAAUGCUACUGUAAAGCUAGUCAGAGGGAAGCUUGAUAAGAUACAAUCUGGUGGUGAUAAUUCCAGUACCUCAGCAGCAUCCAGGAAACCAGGGGUUGAUAAGCGCAGGCGAAUUUGAUUGCAGAUAAUGCCGAGCACGCGUUCAAUGUUUUGGUGUAAUGUUGAUAUUAGCAUAACAUACCAGGAUUUUAAUGGACUUUUUUCUAUCAA